AUGCUAUCAUUCGUAAAAAGUGUUGGCACAGGUUUCGUGAGAGGUUUCUCCUGGUUUAGAAGUGCAAGUUGUCGUAGAUUUUUCAGCGAAGAUUAUUUUUGGACUAAAGCGAAUGUAGGUCCAUUUUUCAUUGGAAUUCUAACUGCCCCUUAUUGGUUCGCAGGAAUAAAGAAUAUUUAUUGGACAUUGCGUUAUGAGCAAUUAAAUAAACAGGAAAUAUUAUCAGACAGAUUUACCUGGUUGUAUGAAAGAAUGCUAGAGGACGAAGUACAUAAAACACUUUUACAGAAGUUACCCUCCUAUAAUUUUAAAAAUGAUGGCCCAGAAAAUAUAUUAGGGCCAAGCAAAAUAUAA